ACUGAUGCAGGAUCUGCGCUGGUGACAUUAGCAGCAGUACUGGCGUAGCAAGCUGCUUUCUUUGCUUUAGCUAUUCUGUAGCCAAACGCAUGCGUUCUCUUACUGGCGCAUGCGCUGAUCGCUUCCCCAUAGCUUUGCUGGCUUUUCUGGUAUUGAACAACAACAACAAACAAAAAAUAAAAUAAAACAGUUUCCUUAGAUGUCAGCGUGGAUCAAAUAUGGCUUUUCAUCGAAAUGGGACUUAGAUAUUGGCGAGCGAGGAGACACGAGGACGUGAUCUGAAGCGUGAUCGGGCCUUUUUUGCUGCUUUUACGCCACCGUUUUCUCCGUUGCAGAUGGUGUCCAGCGACUACUUGGUGCAUAAUAUGAAGGAGAUGAUUGGAGGCUGCUGCGUUUGCUCAGAUGAGAGAGGCUGGGCCGAGAACCCUCUGGUUUACUGCGACGGACAUGGCUGUAACGUCGCCGUGCAUCAAGCUUGCUAUGGAAUUGUCCAAGUCCCAACUGGUCCCUGGUUCUGCAGGAAAUGCGAAUCUCAGGAACGAGCUGCCAGAGUGAGAUGUGAGCUGUGCCCCCACAAAGACGGAGCUCUGAAAAGGACAGAUAAUGGAGGUUGGGCUCAUGUGGUUUGUGCCCUUUACAUCCCAGAGGUGGAGUUCGCCAAUGUUGCCACCAUGGAGCCCAUCGUAUUACAGUCUGUCCCUCAUGAACGUUACAAUAAGACAUGCUACAUCUGUGAGGAGCAAGGCCGGGAGAGCAAAGCGGCCACUGGAGCCUGCAUGGCCUGCAACAAACAUGGCUGCCGCCAAGCUUUCCAUGUCACAUGUGCUCAGUUUGCUGGGUUGCUGUGUGAAGAACAAGGCUCAGAUGCUGAUAAUGUGAAAUACUGUGGAUACUGCAAGUACCAUUACAGCAAACUGAGAAGGAGCAAAGGCCGUGGUAGUAGGGCUCAAAGCUUAAGUGAUUCUUCCUCUCACUCUUUGGAUAAACACCAUGACAAGGAGAAGAAGAAACAUAAAGAGCGAGACCGCCACAAACCAAAGCACAAAAAGUCUUUGGAGCUCUCUCCUUCAUUGGUUCCAGCACUGAUGGUGACCUCAGAGAAGAACUAUAACAGCAGCAGCAGCGGCAGUGUGUCCUCCAUCUCCUCUUCUCAGAAGCGAAUGGACGACGGUGGAGGCCGCUUCACCAAUGCCAACUUCCAGGAAGUGCCCUCUCACUCCAGCGGGAGCUCCAAGGAUGGCGGCUCCACUGACAGCAAGAGCUCAGAGGGCAAGAGCAAGAAGUCCAGCAGCCACAGCUCCAGCUCUGGCUCCAGGGGCCGCAAAUCCAACCCAGCAAAACUUCAUGGCCCUGUUGUUACCAUCGCAACCUCUUCCACUGCACCAUCUUCUACCAGCCCCUUUCAGCAAGGUCUACUGUUGGGAAGCAGCAGCAGUAAGACGGCCUCUAGCAGCUCGGUGGUCCAGCCGACCUCUGACUUCCUCAGCUUCUCUGAGUCCAGCUUGAGGGGUGGAGACUCCUACACCCCGCCCACUUUUGGACGCUGCAUGCUGAAGGGCAGCUCUGAGGGUGUAGCUUCAGAGGGCAUGGUGGCCCUGAACACUUUCGGCUCACUGAUGUCCCUCCCCCAGAACUCCAGCUCUGGAAAACAUUAUGAAAACUCACACCCUGGUCCUGAGCUUGGAGGCCUGGCCUCAGCUGGAUAUAAACGACCCCAGCCUUCAUCGUCAUCUUCGUCUGCAGCUUCGUCUUCCUCCACCGGUGAGGAUGGCGUGAAGAAAAAGAAGCGAGGGAACUGGAGGAACCGCUAUGGCCCAUGUUUCACCACCCAGGAGAGUAAAACUCCAGAAGCACCCGAGCACGGAACUUCACUGCCCUCCUCCACUUCACCUUCACCGUCGUCUUCCUCCAUGGCUGGCCGUCCCAGCACCGCCAGCAGCACCAGCAGUACAGGUGUUGGAAGCGUAGGGGCUGGAACCAGCAGCCUUGCCAUUCAGAAAUCUCCGUCACUGCUCCGGAAUGGGAGCUUACAGAGCAUGACUGUUAGCUCUCCACCCACUGGAGCAGCUACAUACCCCAGCAGCAGUGAUGUAGCCGGCCCGUUGCCCAGCGCAGUGCUGGGGGGCAGUCUGUCUGUGUCCAGCUCAGAGCUGCCCACUCAGCAGUCUGCGGUCACCACAAUGCCCAGCCUGACGUCCUUGCCCCCACCGGCCCCCUUCACCAGCACCACCUUCACACUCCCACAGUCAAACUCAUUACCAGGACCUUUUAAUCUGGCACCUUCCCAUAUGUUUGGAAACCGGCUGAACCCAACCUCUGCCAUGGCUGCCCUCAUCGCCCAGUCUGAGAAUUCUCCAGCAGAUCAGGAGCUGGGGGAUGGUGGGCUUGGCUUCCCCAGAAGAGGAACCCCACCAAAGGCAAACCUCUCCCCACGCUCGCCGUUAAGCGGACUGCAUAUCCGCUAUGACCCGUCGGGGCCCCUGGUGCCAGGGCUCGGUUCCAGCACAGACUCGUUGCCUCCUGUGGCCACCAGCAUCGAACAGCUACUGGAGAGACAGUGGAACGAAGGCCAGCAGUUUCUCCUUCAGCAGGGAUCACAGGAAGAUGUGUUGGGUAUGCUGAAGUCCCUGCAUCAGCUACAGAUGGAGAACCGCCGGCUGGAGGAGCAGAUCCGGACUCUAACCAUGAAGAAGGAGCGUCUGCAGCUGCUGAGCGCCCAGCUUUCCGUGCCUUUCACCCCCGCUAGCACUACCGCCACCACCGUCUCCUCCCCUCUGUACCCCAGCAAUACUCACACAGACAUGCUGAACAGCAAGAGCAUUCAGCUAGGCAGCAGUGUUUUAACAGACUCCUCUCAACCCUUGCCCACUCAGGAUCUCCUGUCUGGUGGCCAUAGUAGUGGUAGCAGCACUUCUUCCCUCUCCACUCCCCCCUCAGUGGCCCACAGCCCCCCCCAGCAGCAGCAGCAGGUUAACGGUGUGGCCCUGCAGCCCAACGCCACUGCCAACCCCUCUCUGCCGGGCAUGGGGGUGGGUGGUCUGAUGGGCGCUCUGCAGGGCGGCCAUGUUGCCAUGAGCGGCAUCGUGGGCGCCCUAAACGGAGUGAUCCAAACAUCCCCUGGCCUGGGGCAAAACUCCAGCCCCCUGCCCCACCCCUCCACCGUCACUUCUGCCUCUCUGCCCAUGUCUGGCAGCCUCAACAACAGUGCGGUGAGGUUCCUCACUGAGCAGCAGAAGCAGCUUCUCCUCCAUCAGCACCAACUGCAGCAACUGAUCAACUCCCAGCAGCCUCUACCGGAGCAGCAGCAGCACGUUCUGCUCUACCAGCUGAUGCAGCAGCAACAACAGCAACAGCAGCAGCAGCACGACCUGCAGCAGCUCCAGCAGCUUUCUUCGUCCCAGCUGCCUAUCAACAGCCUGCUGCCCGCCGCCCAGGGAGCCAUCACCGCCAACCCCUUCUUGGCCAUGCACAAUGACAGCAGUGCCCAGAAGACCGGGAGGCUGGGGGAGAAAGCUGUGGCCGUAACUGGGCAGGAGAAAACCUGACCUAGCCUGACUGCUGAAGGAGGGGGCAGGAGGUCACCCUCUUUUAGGGGCCAACCAUCGGAGCAUCUUUCAAACUAACCUGCCGCUCAGACACACCGUCAGACUGCGCUGCUCGCACACAAACACAAACUGACCCGGCACUCUAUUCGGCUGAAGGAAAAAAAACUCUUGAGGUCUAGCAUUGCACUGAAUUGGAAUAAAUCACUUGCUGUAAACGUUAGGGUCCCAGGGGGCCACUUAAGAGGCCAAGACACCGACUCGCACUUACAUAUACACACAUACUCGCUCUGUCUGUGUUCUAAAGGUGACACACUCGUGUGAAUCACUGUGGGAGGAAGGUGCUGAGUGAUUUUGGCUGGAGACUUAAGUGCGGGACGGAGCUUUUUUCCUCCACGGCCCCGCCACGCACGCUUCUGGAAUAGUUCCUGCUCGCCGCUGUUACCUCUCCAAAGCCCCUUUAACAAGGACUGUCAUAGGACGCUCUCCAAAAGAGAUUAAAAAAAAACUGUUUUAUGUGGUUGUAAAUGUAUAACAAUAAUAAUAAAAAUGAGGACAAAAAGCAAAGCAGUGAAAGUUUCAAAUACGAAGCAGUGCACCACGAAGGCCUUCUCCGCAUCCUGGUCUCCAGCUUCCUCUGGACACAAGGCAUUCCACAAGUCGAAAAAUAAAGGACACGCUGACCCUGCUGUAGACGAGAACCUACCUCUCAGAGCCAGGACUGAAAUACCAGGACCUUUACCCAAGUGCCUGGCACCACCCUCCACGCUCUCAACCAGAGGCUACACACUGGAGAACGUUGCCAGUUCCCUUUUUAUUCCGAAUCAGUCCGUUUUUAAAGCGAAUUCAGUAUCAUUGUCAAUGAUGUCGCUCAGGCAAUACCACGUCACCCACAGUACCACAGGGGCUGCGCAGUGACGACACUGAAAUCUAGUUCAAUUCCAGCACUUGUGCUGCAUUCAUCACUUCCGAAGCCAACUUCCGUAAAAUCCCUCCCACCUUUUGUAU